AAUACUCCUGUUCUGUACAUUGCUUAAAAAGCUUCCCAAAAAAUAUUGAAAUUUUGAUCAGCUUUGAGGCACAUUCAUUUUUCUUAUGAUCCCCAGACACCAGCUGAUAUGGAAUCCUUAAGUUGUGUGCAAAUAUUGUCAUUAUUUGUUGGUGGUGGUCCAGAUAGAGGCAGCAACAUUUAAGAACUAGAAUGCUUAAAUGAGCUAAGAAGGAAUUUGACAAUAAUCAAUCUUGAACAGGUAAAAGAUAAACAAGAAGCUGAGAAAGAAAAUAUUAUAUUUCUGUACUCUACCCUCAUACUGAUAUUUCAUUACAGUAAAUUGUGGAGACUGACUUUAUGACAAAUGCAGAUGGUUGGUGUCCAGUUCAGCCACAAUUUUUUUAUUCUAUAAUCUAUCUUAAUCUAUGUCCAUAUAAAGAUGCACCAUAGAGAUUCCUACAACUUGAUUAUUAGAAAAUUAAUUUCCCCACAUGCAAGUUGAUAAUGAGCACAAUUGGAAAAAAAAAUAUAUUUUUAAUGACGGACUUUGAUCUUGUUCGAAUAUUCCCUUGUAUAUUCGCUCACAUUCUCACAUGGUACAAUCAUCAUUAUUUAGUUUCCAAAUAUUUCUGUAGUCAUUUCAGAGCACCAAGAAAGAAAAAGGAGAUAUGGCUGACAUUGUCCUGAGUUUUGUAGUGGAAGGAACACUAGCCAGGGUGGUUUCACUUAUCACUGAAGAGAUCAUCCUUCAAUGGAAUCUCAAGGAGGACCUGGAAAAGCUUCAAGAGUCACUAGCCAUGAUUCGUGAUGUGUUACAAGAUGCAGAAGAGCAACAGGUUACUCAGAAAGCUGUGAAGCGUUGGCUGAAAAAGCUCAAAGAUCUGGCCUAUGAUGCUGAAGAUGUGCUUGAUGAGUUUGCUUAUGAGAUUCUUCGACGAAAAGUGGAGAUCCAGAAUCAAACAGAGACUGAGGUACACAACUUCUUUUCAUUUUUUAAAGGUACUCAUUAUGUAAAGAAGGCUGCAUUUCAUGUCAAAAUGUCCCAUAAGGUGAAGAAUAUAAAUGGGUCAUUGGAUAAAAUAAAGAAGGAAGCAGCUGAAUUUGGACUUAAAGUUAUGGAUAGGUUGCCUCAAAUAAGUCUGGACCGAGUGACAGACUCCUACCUUGAUAACUCCCAAGUUGUGGGAAGGGAAGAUGAUGUCUAUAAAGUUGUGAACUUACUGACCUGCUCCUGCAAUCAACCUCUCACUGUUGUUCCUGUAGUAGGCAUGGCUGGUCUUGGAAAGACAACUGUGGCAAAAUUGGUGUGUAAAGCAGUGAAGGAGAAGAAACUUUAUGAUGUAACUAUGUGGGUCUGUGUUUCUGAUAAUUUUGAUGAGCAGAGAAUUUUAGGAGAAAUGUUACAAACUCUUGACAAAAACACAGGUGGAAUGACCAACAAGGAUGCAAUACUUAAACAUCUGGAAAAAGAGUUGAACAUGAAAAGAUUUCUUCUCAUACUUGAUGAUGUGUGGAAUGAGGAAUCUGAGAAGUGGGAGAGUUUGAAGAGUCGUUUGUUAACUAUUUGUGUGAACAAAGGAAACGCUAUUGUUGUUACAACUCGCAGCGAGCAGGUGGCAUCCAUGGUGGAGACUCCUCUUCAUUGCAGGCACAAAAUAGGAGAACUAUUGAAUGAUGAAUGCUGGUUUAUUAUCAGAGAACGAGUUUUUGGAAAUGGAGGAGCAUCAAUACCCUCAGAUUUGGAGGCUGUUGGAAGGGAGAUUGCCAAAAAAUGUAGAGGUGUGCCAUUAGCUGCAAGGGUCUUAGGUGGGACAAUGCGUGUUAAAAGGGAGAUUAAAGAUUGGUUGUCAAUUGAAGAAAGUAAUGUUUGGGAUGUAUCAGGUUAUAAUGAUAGAGUUUUGCCUAUAUUGAAACUGAGUUUUGAUCACUUGCCUUCGGCUUUGAAGGCAUGUUUUGCAUACUGUUCAAUUUUUCCUAAAGAUUUUUGUAUUGAAAAGGAACAAUUAGUUCAGCUUUGGAUGGCUGAAGGAUUUCUGGGGACCUCGAGUGAAAGUUCAUUCAUGGAAGAUAUUGGUAACAAGUAUUUUAAUGACUUGCUUGCCAAUUGCUUCUUCCAAGAUGUGGAAAGGGAUGUGUAUGAAAAAGUAAAAAGUUGUAAGAUGCAUGAUCUUGUGCACGAUCUUGCAAUGUUUGUUUCAAACAAUGAAGCAAUGGCUAUGAAGGCUUGUUCAAUUGUAGAUGACAUGUCACAUAUUCGUCAUCUAAAUCUCAUUUGUGGAGGGAAACCAGCACCAUCAUUGCCAAAAGCUGUUUCAAGAAAACUGAGAUCUCUUGUUGUAAAGGAUGUUGUGCUCUAUGAUGAGUCAUGGAAGUUCAAAAGCUUGCGAACUCUAAAUUUGGUUGGUUCUGGUAUUAGAGAGUUGCCAUUUUCAAUUGGCAAGUUGAAACAUUUGAGAUAUCUUGAUGUCUCAUGGACUGAAAUUAAAGCAUUCCCUGAUUCCAUCACCAAGCUUUACAAUUUGAGAACACUAAGACUAGUUGCAUGUACAUCGCUUAGAAAGCUUCCUGAAAAUAUUAAAAACUUGAUCAGCUUGAGGCACAUUCACUUUUCUUUUGGUCACCAGAUGCCUGCUAAUGUGGGAUGCUUAACUAAUCUGCAAACAUUGCCAUUAUUUGUUGUGGGCCCAGAUAAGGGGGGCUCCAUUCAAGAGCUAGAAUGCUUAAAUGAACUAAGAGGGAAUUUGGCAAUCAUCAAUCUUGAACAGGUCAAAGACAAACAAGAAGCUGAGAAAGCAAACCUGCAAGAAAAAACAGGAUUAUAUGCGUUGCGGUUGGCAUGGCAGUCAAGAAGAGAGGACAACUGCAAUGAUGAGGGUGUCUUGGAGGGCCUCCAGCCUCAUCCGAAUAUAGAAAGCCUGGAGAUUGAGAGUUAUGGGGGUGAAAAAUUCCCAUCAUGGCUGUUGAUGAACACUUCUACUCAUGGUAAUUCCUUGCACCUCAAUAAUUUGGUGAGACUGGAAUUGAAAUUCUGUGAGAACUGUGAACAAAUCCCUACAGUUGGACUUCUUCCUCAUCUUAAAAUUUUUAAGAUAGCUAGAUUGGACAAUGUAAAACGUAUCAGCAAUGAGUUCUACUACAGCAAUGGCAGUGAAAGCACCAACAGUGCAUGGAGACUGUUUCCUGUCUUAAAAGAAUUUUCUCUGGCUUUUAUGAAUGGUCUAGUUGAAUGGAUGGCGCCGGUAGUGGGCAGAGAAAGCUGUGCAAUUGCGUUUCCUUGUCUUGAAGACUUGACCAUCAGAUGGUGUCAUCAGUUGACAAGCAUUCCAAUAAGCUAUCUUUCAUCACUUAUAAAACUGAACAUCAAUGGCUGUGGUGCACUGAGUUGUUUAUGUGAUGAACUUCAUGCCUUCACUUCUCUUGAAGAAUUAUCAUUAUUAGAUUGUCAUAGUUUGGUGUCCAUUCCAAGCAUACAGGGCCUCACAUCUCUUAAAAAACUAAGCAUUAUAGGCUGUUAUAAUCUAGCAUCUCUUCCAAGUGGGCUACAAUCCUGCUCUUCUCUGGAGCAAUUGACUAUAACAAGAUGCACAAAGCUAACAUCAGUUCAUAAAGACUUGCAAGAACUGCGUUCUCUUGUUUAUUUAUACAUAUCAGACUGUCCAAGUUUGGCUAGCUCACCUCCAGAGGACUGCUUAAGCUGCCUCACUCAGUUGAAGCAAUUAACAAUUGGCUCUGAAGAAUUGAAGGUUUUCCUAGGUUUAGACUCAAUCCAGGACUCCCUUGAAGAAUUAGUCCUAAUAUGCGGGCAGAAUGAACUUAAGUCUUUGCCAGGUCAACUUCAAGACCUCACUGCCUUGAAGUCAUUGCAGAUUGUUAAUUUCACUGCAGUGGAAGCUUUUCCAGAGUGGUUGGGAAAACUUAAAUCUCUUGAAAAGCUUGAAAUAGGGGGAUGUAAGGAACUGAUGUAUCUACCUACAACAAUGCAAGGUCUCUCCAAAUUAAGGAGGCUGAAAAUUUAUGGCUGUCCCUUUCUUAAGGAAAGGUGUGCCAAGGACAGUGGCUCUGAGUGGUCCAAGAUUUCUCAUAUCCCAGAAAUAAGUAUCAGUGAAUUCAGAUGAUGGAAUUUUUGGGAUUGCAGAUUGUGAGAAGUAAAGCUGAGGAAGAAGCUAAAUGCACAAAUCUGAACCUGGAAGUGUGUAAGGAAAAGCGAGCAACAAGGCAGAAGGGAGGGUUGGAGGCUUGAAUCUUAACUGUGUGGCAGUGAGCAGUGUAGGGAAGGGUGGAGGGUGGAGGCUUGAGUCCUGACACUCUGGCCAGAGAAACAAGGGUAGAAGCUUGGAUCGAGAAUCUGUUGCUUAUGCUCGAUUCUCUUCCUCCGUACGUAGUUGGUUUUCAUUACUGCAUUCUGUGUGUGUGUUAGUAUCUAAGUGUUCUAUAAGCUGAGUUGAAAGCAUGGGGUGUGAAAUGUAUAUGUUGAAUUCCUCAUUGUAGUAUAUGGAGCUUAUAAAAUGCAUGUGUAAUCUUGACAUUCACCUAAGAUGGUAUCAUAUAAGAUACUCAUCAUGAAAAUCAUUCUAUUUAAAUUCCAA